CUCCACAGUUUCAGGCUCAUCAGUGCAGGACACCACAUCAGAAGAGUUGUCCAUGGUCAUUGAAACAGUCUGCCGUAUAGUUGGAGUGUCCUUUGGGCUGCUGUGUCUCCUUCAAGUGACUCUGAACAUAACUCUGCGUCUCCUCUGUGAGUUACUUUCUAAUUCCUUUAGCUCUAAUAAGCAGACAGACAUACACAAACAGUAUUACAAAGUCUGUCUUUCAGACAUUGAAUUCAACAACCUGACCAAUGACGGACAGGAGUGUCAGAUGGGAUACGGCUCGCUGGUUGAAGAAAGAGACCUUUUGCUGACCAAAUACGCCAAACUGUCGGAAGAAAAAGAGCUGUUACUAAUCAACUACACCACUCUGGCUGAAGAAAGAGACAGGCUUCAUAAGGAGCUUGAUGACCUGGUGGGAUGGAAGAGUUUCCAAUCCAGCCUCUAUUUCUUCUCCAUUGAGGACAGAAACUGGACUAUGUCCAGGAAGGACUGUAGACAGAGAGGAGCUGACCUGGUGAUUAUCAACAGCAAAGAGGAACAGGAGUUCAUCUCAGCACGUGUCCGUGACACCUGGAUUGGCCUGACAGACAGUGACAUAGAGGGGGAGUGGAGGUGGGUUGAUGGGACUCUACCAAUCACAAAGUUCUGGAUGGAGAAUGAACCCAACAAUGCUGUUAUGGGUGAAGACUGUGAGCUGGGCGCAGGUGUUUGGAGUCGUGCAGACGAGACCGGGUUGUCGACGCCGCCGCUCCUUCUGUCCCGCACCGUUUAG